AUGGCGGACGACGGCUCUGGUUAUGACGACCCCGUUUGCUUUUCCUCUGCCUGGGAGGGGAAAGCGAUAGAUUUCAAGUACAAAGAUCCCGAAUCAAAGUUCAUCGCCGGCACAUGGAAGCUCGGCAAAAAGCAGUAUGAACGGCCUCGUCUAGCAACAAACUGGGAGUUUUCAAUGGGACUUGUUUCGGAAUCAGAGGCAAUGUUUGAAUGCAACAACACAGACAACCCCGACGAAACAGCUUUGAUGAUAAUUUACAUGCAAGUUCCACGCCGCAGCACAGAGUUUUUACCCCCCUCGGAAAGAAAGGCACAAGCCACUGAUAAAUUGCCUCAUGCACCUGCUAAUCAGCUUUGGGCUCUGACAACCCUACAUAAGCAUAACAGUCAUUCUAGUCUAAAACUUUACGGCUACAAAAAGUCAAAGCAGAAUGACUCGGGGCUUGUGCCAGGAGGAUAUAUUCUGUAUUUACUUGUUCAGAAAUACCCAGGCGUCUCUCUCACCGAGGAUUCAUUCUGGCAACUAUCAUUACCUGAGCGAGAUGAGAUUCGACAGGCCUUGAAGGCGACACUCCUUGACUGCCUUGACAAAGGGAUCAACAACUAUGAGGAUGACAUAUCGAAAAUUCGUUGGAUGAGAGAGAAAAAGAAGGUGUUCCACGCAUGUAGUCCUAAGCAGGACGGUGAGGACGAAAACGGUGAGGACGAAUGGCGUGAUAACAUUUGGUAUUACUGGGGCCUGGUAGCCAAAAAGCCAGACUGGAGAUAUGAUAAAAACGAUAAUGGGAAGAAGCUUGACCCAUCGAGAUGGGUAUUGUAG